AUUGAACCCGCGCGGUUGUUGGCGACCCUCAGAGCUAGUGGUAAUGUCUCGUGGUGAGUGUAUCGUACAUUUUCAAAUUUUCAGGUUGAAAAAUCAUUGUAAAAGCGGAAUUGUGACUCUUCAUGAGUAUUGGUUACAUAUAAUUGUGACAUGAAUGGUGUGAAACGUUCAUUUAAGCUAUCCGCAUUCUUAAUUUCUACUGGGAUUCCUUCAUUUGAUGAAUUACUUGGUGGUGGUGUGAUCUCAGGAAGUAUAGUUCUUAUCGAGCCAGAUUUCCACCAAACAUAUGCAAAACUGCUCUUAAAUUUGUUCGUAGCAGAAGGUAUAUUAUCGGGUCAUAGUAUAUUCUAUGGUGCAACGGAAACGUUUGACAAUUUACUAUGUAAAUUACCAGAUCAUAUGACUUCUACAAAUGAGAUCAAAGAAGAAAUUUCCGAUCUUAAAAUCGCUUGGCGCUAUCAAAAUGUCCCAAACAUUAAGAAUGUAAAUUCAUCUGUAUCAAGUUUAGGGCAUCAUUUCAAUGUAACCAUACCCAUGAAUGCAACUGCUCGAAUAUCUGAAAAAAAUGUGUCAACUUUUUAUUUCCAACCGGAUAGUAAAAAAACAUUGCAUGCCAAUCUCUUCAGUUUAAUUCAAAAAUUAGUUAUUUUUCGAUCAAACACAAAAGUGUCUUCAGGUAUACAACGGAUAGUGAUAAACUCAUGCGGCUCUCCUAUGUGGGGUUAUUGCAAAGAUACUCAACAGUUCUACAGGAAUAUGCUUAAUUUCUUUGCUACAUUGCGCUUGCUAAUUCAAAACAGUCACUGUACAGUUUUCGUCACGUUACCUACUAUAAAGUUACCGCCUGGUCUAUUGACUCGUCUAUCUCAUUACUGCGAUUAUAUGUUUCGAGUACAAGGUCUACGUGACCAGACACAGGCGAAUCCAGUGUAUUCAGAAUAUGAUGGUCUACUCACAGUUAUUCACAUUCCUUGGUUAAUCAGUGGGAAUACACUUGAACCGGCUUUUAGAUCAUCUACACUUGAAUGGUGUUUCAAGAUAAAACGACAUCAACUAGUUGUGCAGCUUUUCAAACACACAUCAAAAAGUUAUUUCAAGAAAGUGUACAUGGCGUAGAACUCUUGUUUUUAAGUGAUAUUGAUUUAAGAGGGUAGUUCAAUUACAAUGACAGUUCAACUGAUGAGUGAAAGCGUAAAAUUUCUGUCUGUUCAAAAUUCUGGAUAGCGAAAGUGUUAUGUAAGCUCGUUCUCCUAUUCAAGGUGUUCCCUUUUUAGACAGAAUUGUGUCCUCAAGUUUUCACUGAUCGGAUAAAACUAAAAUCAAUUAGCGAAUACUACAAUAAUUUUUGGAGACAAUACUACUUACCUGUCAAUUAGUAAGCAAGAAGCUGAGAGACAAGUUUUACUUUCAUUUACUUUCUUGGGAUUAAUGUUGAUUUGUUAUUGGACGGCUCAAUUUCAUGGAUUAGUUGAAGUUAGACAUUAACACCGUUGGAUACCGGCCAGCUUAGUGGUCUAGAGGUUAAGCGUUCGCGCGCGAGACCGAGGAGUCCUGGUUUCGAAUCCCGCGCGAUGGGGUCGUGGGUGCGCACUGUUGAGGAGUCCCACAAUAGGACGAAACAGCCGUCCAGUACAAUUAGAGGACUUUCGCUUCUUCUUAUAGAAAAAAGUUUGUUGUUGAACUUUAUUUUAUGUUAAUGGUGUUAAUAGUCUUAAUGAUAGAGCACAAAAAGAUAGAAAAGAUGCUUAUACAAAGCCGAGUGUUUUAAUGAACCGAACCACUGUCCCCAAGUUUGGAUCACUGUAUAAUUUUUCCCUAGGAGAAUAUAGAUUAAUCAAAUUGUCUUCACUUUUUUUCUCUCUUCUAAUCUUUUCUUUUUCAUCAUUCCACAGCAUUUUCACUUACCACCUUCUCUGUCCGAUACAGUAAAUAGAUCCAAUGCACCAGAAGCAGUCUUCACAUGUUCCAAAUUGCACGAAAAUCAGUUAGAAUUUUGAAUGUGCCUACUACUUUGGAAGACAAAUGAGAAAAAAUAAGCAUACUUAUUUAUUUGUACACUUCUAUUGAAAUAAAUUCUCAUAUUAAGUUCA